AUAUCUUCCAAUGUUAAAUGUUCAUUAGAAUUCAAUGUUAUUACAACUAUGUUAGUUAAAAAUGGUUGAAAAACAGUUUUAUCGUUUAUCUGAAUAACUUGGACGAUUCGUCAUCCAGCAUAAUUUGUUAUCACAUCUGGCCAUAUUCUCUUGGAUUUUAUUGUGAAAGUCCUCCCGGAAGUGUCCGGGUGUAUCCGCGCUAGCUUACCUGCGGAGGAGAAGAAGGUCCGCUCCCAUCGACGCUCCGCUGCGGUUAAACUUCACCAAAAGCGGUCAAUUCCUCCGCUGGAGCCGCCGCCAUGUCCCUCACCGCCAUCAGCAGCACGCCCUCCGGCGGCAGGUCCUCCGGGGACGGCGGCCUCAACCUGGGAUACAGCCGGACCAUCCCGGGACUGCUGAAGAUCGGCCAGCUGCUGUCGCUGCUCAUUGCCUUCCUGUGCGUCCGGCUGGCCCGCGGCUGGCCCAGCUGGUACGCCUUCCAGUUCUUCGAGGUGGUGGUGCUCUGGUUCCUGGUGGCCUUCCUCAUCUUCUUCCUCAUGCACCUGUGCAGGCUGCAGGUGAAGAUGCCCUGCAUCAACUGGCCACUGGCGGUGAGACGCUCCUUCUGCUCCCAUCGGACCUUGGGGUUAGCGACAGGAAGAGUUCUUUCACUACUCUGUCGGGUCCGUCCUGAUCUUCAUCGCCUCCAUCAUCGCUGCGGUGAAAUGUGGCGCCGUUUCCUCCCUGGUGGUGGCGUCGGUUUUCGGUUUGAUUGCGACGUUCCUGAUGGUCGUCAAUCUGUGGACGUCGUACAGCGUCGCCUGCGGCCCGGCAGCCGGUGAACAGGAGUAAAAGUGACUCGUCGUGAAAAUGGCCGACGGUUGCAUCCUGCUCCACUUUCCUGCCCGGCAACAACCUGCUCACCGAACCUGAUUGGAUGAAAAACAGAAUCUGGACCAAAACCGGCAAGCGGACUGGAUCAGACGGACCGGAUCAUUUUACCUGAGUUCAGUCCGGUCCAGCAGCUGAUCCGCAUCACAUUUUCUGUUUCAGCUUCAUGUUUUCAUAAAAACCUCCCAGUUUGGACCUCAGGAUGGCGCUUUUCAGGCUGCUGGCCGGCAGUGUGCAGCAAAUCAUGACUUCAGACCAAAUUAAGAAGCAAAUCGAUGAAUAAAUCUAAGGAUCGUUUCUGUUGGUAAUUUUACUGAAUUGUUCCGAAGACCUUCGUCACGUUUUGUCGAAUUUUGGUGCUUUUAACUGAAUUAACAUAAAAACCGGCAAACAGAACCAAAGACAGCAGAACCGGCAGCAGAACCGGCAGCCUGUUCAUGUAGAGGAUCACAUGGAAAUCUCUGCACUGAUGAAUUAUUUAUAACAAGCACACACUUAUUUACAAUAAACCUGAAGUAUUAUAAAGCACCAGAUGUUGCACGGAUCAGAAAGAAGCCGAAGCUCAGAGACAAAACGCUCAAAAUGAAACCUGCAUGUUUGUUAUAUUGGCUGAGCAGAGAAACGAAAAGCUGAAGCAGAUUUAAAGAUGCUGAAGCACAAACUGAAACCUCUGAUGGUUCUGCAUGUUUUUAGUAAUCUGUGAUUUUCUGUCAGUAUUGAUGCACAAACUCAGAUUUUACUCUCAAUUAAAAAACACAAAAUACAAAAACCUGAUAAAGUAUAAAAUGAAAAACUGUAAGCUAAAGAAAUGAUUUUACUUUGGAAUGAAAAACCUAAUAAAUCGCCUCAUCAAUCAAUCAAACAUUAGACUUUAAUAUUCUGCUAAUAAUUACAUUAAUUCUGUAAAAAAUAAAUCUAAAAUUCAAACUAAAGUUCAGAGAAAUGAACUGAGAUAAAACUAAUUUAUUAUUUCUCCAAACCUGAUAUCAGUUUUAUUGAGUUUUUUUACACAAACAUUCGAAGGCCUUAAAUUUUUGAAUCUAAGAAAGCAAAAAAUAAAAAAUAAAAACCUGAGGAAAAAAAUCAGUUUUCUAAUUAUUUUACAGACUUUAUAAUUAUUCACCUGCAUUAUAAUUAUGCAUUAUUAAAUGUUACUUUAAUCUGUGAAAAUAAUUUAAUAGUGACGUUACUGCUGCAGUGGAAGCUAACAUAUCGUUAGCUUACCUUUGAAGCCAUUUUAAAAAGUUAAAUUAACUAUCAACAUAUGAAAUCUGUAAAUCUAUUGUAAUUAUUAUUAUAGAUGUUAAAAAAUUCCUCUUAAUUUUUAGUUCUGGUUAAAAGCCUAAAUUUGAUCACGUCUUACCUAAGUUAGCAUAGACGCUAACACUACAUAGAGGCUUCCUGAACGGAAGCUAACUAGCAUUAGCUUGUCAGUUCUUUUUUUGUUUUUUAAAUUAAGACUUUAAAUAUUUAUUGAUUUUUUUAAAUAAAUAUUUAUAAACUGUCUGGUAAAAUCUGUGCCAAAAUCUGCUUCUCUGUAACUUUAGCUUGAGCUAAGUUAGCUUUGGCUAACAUGUUAGGCUAAUGCUAGAAUAGUGAGCACAUGCUGUGGAUUAUAUGACAUUAUAAAUUAGUAAAAACAAACUUUCCUUCAGCUUGAAGUCACUUUAGUUAAUUGAUUAAAAACUUUAAGGACGUUUUAAUGUUAUUUUGUAAAAAAUGAAUUUUGCAGUGAAGGUGUUUGAUCAACGCUAGCUGCGGUUCAACCGUUUAAAGAUGGCCGUUGUUCCAAAUAAAAUCAGUUUUCUGGUUUGAUCCUCUAACAUGAACAAACAUCAGCAAAGCUAAACUUUGGUUUUUAAUCCUCUCUGCUUCCUGAACUCAAAACAUUUCAUAAGUCACUUCUCCAGAACCGGAACCAGAUGAAAACAUGAACAGAAACAUUCCUGCCUGAUUGAUGUUUCCGUUUCCUCUGGCACCAAAGUCUGUUCAGUCUGAAUGUUUCAGAUCUCUGGACACUGAACCAAGACUUGAUUUUACUCUCACGGCGCUGACUCAGCGUGUGACGGCAGCAGCCCUCUGCGGCGGGCGGCCAUCUUUUCCCUCUAACCGUACAGAAGCUAGAGAACCGACCUGCACUUGGAGGCUGCAUAGAGUUUUCUUCUCUGACAAUCUUUAGAAAGGAAUCAGAUGUUUCAGCUCCGACCUGCUGCAUGUCUCCGAGUUCAGCUCAGGUUUUCUGUCUGAUCAACUGCCUAGCAUCACACGCUGCGUCUGCUUGCUAAAGCUAACUCUUCUUCACGUUGUAUACGUUUCACUGAUGGGCCACCAUGUUCAAGCUGUAGCAUCGCUGCUAAUCUGGGCUCUUAUUUUGCAUUUGGAGCAGGUGGAUAUGUCAAAGCUCAGUGGUGGGCACCACUGCGCUAACCCUGAAGCGCUAAACAAACAUUAGUUUUGCUAAUGCUAGAGCGAUACCUCACAGUACUUAGCAGAAGCUAAUGCUAACGUCCUAACUUCAACCAUGUCACACUCCACAGGUGAAACCAUUUUGCGCUAAAGGAAGUGAUUCUUUCACCCGGGAGUUUUAUAAUUACUGAGUUUUGCUAACUCUGUUGCUAAUUUAGCCAAAUUAGCAUCAGGACAUUUUAACUGUUUACUUUUGAACUGCAAUGCAUUCUGGGUACAGCAUGCAUUGGGUUAUUAGGUGCACUGCAUCAUGGGUGGAAAACGUGAGGAGUUCCUGGUUUCAGAUUGUUGACAAAAAAAUAUUCUGGAAGAAAAUGAAAUUUUUUCAUCCAAAAUGAAAAUUAUUUCAACAAAACAGCCAAGUAAAUCAGCGCUUUAGAAUGUAUCAGGAAAACUUAAUUUAGGCAAGCUAAAUGUUUUCAAAGUUGGCUACAGCGCUAAGCUAAAGGUCAGCUCCACUGUUAGCACAUUAGCUGAAGUGUGCCCACCACUGCCAGUUUUAUUUCUCUUUAUUAUGAUGCUGUCAAGUUUUAUUCUUUUAUUUUUCCUUCUGAAGCACUCGUUUGAAUCACUGGAGAAAAAAUAUUUCAGCUGAAUAUUUAAGAUUUUGUAUUUCUAUAGUUGAACCUUUUAAUAUUUCUGACUUCAGUGUCUUGUUAUGGUUGAUUUUUUUGAUGAUCUUUUUUCACUCUUUUGAUAUUUCUGCCCGGAUGUUUUGCAUGGAUUCAGAAGAAAUCAUUCAGUUUGUCAGAGAUUAGGCCCUAGCUGAGCCUGUUUACAGCAGAGCAUCCAACCGUUCAUCCAACCGUUCAUGCCUGAUUCUGGUUCCAGGCCAAACUCCACUGUUUACAGGAUUCAUUUAGCGUGUUUCUGCAGCGGCGGCGUCAUGCUGUGGGACCUGAACGCCCUGCUAGCUAAUGUCGUUUAGCUUGUUCUCCAAAGUGCCUUAUUGUUCUGUUCAUGUCUGGCUCGGUCCGAGGAGAACCGCAGGAACAGGCGUCACACAGAUCACACGACUGCUGUUGUUUUCUAGGUUGUUCAAACCACAUCCUGUAAAUUGUUGCAUCUUUUCAAUUAAAGUCUCACUGCAUCACGUUGA